AUGGCAGGAAGGCGGCUCGUCGAUGUCGCCAGGCUCUUCCAGGCCUCGAAAUCCAUUGCUGCGAAGCACAUCAAUCUCCGAUCACAGCAAUUCGAUGUAUACAGCAAGACCUCCUCGCUCGCGAAAGCGGUUAAGAGCCAGACGGAUCGUGUGACCCUUACAGCUCAGGCUGCAGUUGCCCUCGCAAAACGCGUCAACGAAGAACCUCCGUCGUACGCGCCGGAAGCAGAGUCACGGGCUUCGAGAAAUCACAAUCAGGUACAACCGCAAAGAAGGACCACGGCGGAACCACCUGCCAAAGAUGAGCUCAAUAUCAUACAAAAGGAGGCAGAGCGGGAGCCACUUGCAGAUGGGACUAUACCUCCUGUGGGAGCGCCAUUGGAGCAAUGGGGAACUACCACGGAGAAAGAACCUAGUGGUACAGUGGACUCAAUAAGAGAAGGUCACACACAGAGGCCGCAGAGUGGAUCAGGUAGAGCAGCGAAGGACGGCAUUCAGCCAGUGGCAUCAGCUGCAUCUACAAUACCGACACCCUCGGAUUUUACGCCGCUCUCCACCGGUGGGCCUGGCAAUCUUCAACUCAAACUCGAGGCACAGAUACCGUCAAGAGGCGAGACAAUACAAGCUCCACCAAGAGGUAGCGGAGCGGACGAAAUAUGGCAACCCAAGCCCUCCUCGUUGCCACAGAAGGCUGCCAAUCCCGAACAAGACCAAUUGCCCGAAGGAAUAAACACCGACGUCUUCCGCACCAAGCGCGUAUCACAAAUGUUGAACCCCUAUGCGCGGAAGCCUAGGUUGGACAUUCCUCGCGCUGCUGAAAGACCAUUCGUCCAUAUCAAAUCGGCAAAAGGCCCGGAUCAGAAUACCAUCAACGUGCAUCGUAUUGACCAGACGAAGCCCUCCCAACCCGCAGAAUCUGCACCGUCGACGCAGAAAGUCACGGAGCAGGAGGUGCACGACUUCGCAUCCGAACUGGCAAUGGACGCACAAGCGUCGCCCUCGCCCAUUUCCGGUGAAAUUUAUGUAGAACCAUACAAGACGCCUUUUGAAUUAAGAGAAUCACGGGUUCCUUCGUCACGCUUUGGUCGCUUCUGGCAGUACGCAGGCUUAGGGACUAGCAUGGCGCUUGGAGCUGUGGGCGAGUCUCUGAGAAGGGUGACAGGAGGCGCUGCGUCAGUUGGUGGCUCGCUGAUGCUGAGUCCCCGGAACUUGGAGAUUCUUGUCUCUAAAUUAUCGCGAAUGCGAGGAGCCGCUCUCAAGCUGGGCCAAAUGAUCAGCAUCCAGGAUAUGAAGAUGAUCCCUCCAGAGAUUCACCACGUUCUCCAACGUGUGCAAGACAGCGCAGACUACAUGCCCGCGUCACAGCGCGACAAAGUCCUCGCAGACAAUCUUGGAACUGAUUGGCGUGACCUCUUCUCUUCCUUCCAAGAAGUUCCAAUCGCCGCUGCUUCCAUUGGCCAAGUUCAUAAAGCCGUCCUGCGAUCCACAAACACUCCAGUCGCAGUCAAAGUGCAAUACCCUGGUGUCGCCAACUCCAUAGACUCCGAUCUUAGCAACCUCUCUCUCCUCCUUACCGCCUCCCGCCUUCUUCCAAAGGGCUUGUACCUCGACAAGACGAUCGCCAACGCCCGAACGGAGUUAGCCUGGGAAUGCGACUACACUCGUGAAGCGGAAUGCCAGACACGAUUCCGCGAACUCCUCGCAGACGACACCGACGUUUUCCUCGUUCCCAAAGUCUACCCCGAAGCCAGCGGGCCCUCCGUCCUAACCGCAGAAUUCAUGUCCGGCAUUGGCGUCGCCAAACUUCCCUCGCUCUCCCAACAGGAACGCGACUGGAUCGGCACGCACAUACUGCGUCUUUGCCUGCGCGAAAUCGUCGAGUUCAAGUUCAUGCAGACGGAUCCCAAUUGGACGAAUUUCCUGUAUAACCAGGGAUCGAAGAAGAUUGAGUUGCUGGAUUUCGGAGCCAGUAGGGACUACCCGGAUGAGUUUGUGGGGCCCUAUGUGGAUGUGUUGAUUGCGGCGAGUAGAGGCGAUAAGCAGCGCAUUCGGGAUCUGAGCAUUCAGCUUGGGUAUUUGACCGGUGAGGAGAGUCAGAUCAUGACGGACGCGCAUAUUCAAUCGGUGCUUACGCUGGCGGAGCCGUUCCGUGGGGAUGGGCCGGAUGUAUACGAUUUCAGAGAUCAGACGAUCACAGACAGAGUUCGGGGCCUGAUCCCUGUUAUGGUGAGGGAGAGGUUGGCGCCGCCGCCGGAGGAGACGUAUAGUUUGCAUAGGAAGCUGAGUGGGGCGUUUCUGUUGUGUGCGAGAUUGGGCAGUAGGGUGCCUUGUAGGGAGUUGUUUUCGAGGGCGGUGGAGACGUGGCAAAGGGGUGGUAGGGUGAGCAGUCAGUAA